GUCUUUUGUACACACAUAGUCAAAUCACCUCAAGCAAGGCAAGGUAGAGACAGAUAACUCACACCUGAUUUCCCUAACAAAUAAACCCCACAGCUGCUGGACCAAGGCUCUGCCUGUGCACUGGAAAGAAGAUGGCCUUUGCACAAGACGGGCUACCUUUUAACACCAUGUUUCAUGGCUUGCAGUACAAAAUCUAUGUGCACUAUCUGCUUUUAGGUAUUUCUUCUGCACUAAAGGUGACAAUUCCCUCAUACAUGGUCAAUGGCAUUGAAGGACAGCCACUCAGACUUGCAGUUGAUUAUAAUUUUAACAUUACAGUUUCUGACAUCCAGAUAAUAUGGUUGUUUGAAAAGCCGCCAACAAACCCCAAAUAUCUGCUGAUUUCUGUCAAUCAAUCAGUUGUUCCAGACUUAGAAUAUAGGCACAAAUUUACACUUUCACCUCCAAAUGCAUCUUUGCUAAUAAACAAUUUACAAAGAAGUGAUGAAGGCAAUUAUAUUGUCAAAAUCAAUAUCCAUGGCAAUGGGACAAAAUCAGCAGGUGAAAAGAUCCAGGUUACUGUUGAUGCACCUGUCACCAAGCCUGUCAUAUACAUUGAACCCUCAUUUGGAGUUGUAGAAAAAAAGGGAAACAUCACUUUGAAAUGUACAGUGGAAAAAGGCACAAGGGUUGUUUACCGGUGGAUGAAAAAUGGAAAUCUUAUUGAAGACAGCAGCAAUAGCUCCAUGUCUAUAAACAAAGAUACACUUUCCAUUGCCCCUGUUCUUAAAGAAGCUAUUGGGAAUUACAGCUGUUUAGCAGCCAAUCCUGUCAGUGCCAUGAUGAGUGACAUGAUCAUGCCAACAAUAUAUUAUGGACCCUAUGGACUUUCCAUAAAUACUGCCAAAGGCCAGAAAUUAGGAAGAGUGUUUACCCUUGAUAAAGGUGAUGCUGUUCAGCUGUAUUGCUCAGCAGAUUCCAAUCCACCAAAUAUUUAUUCAUGGAUCCGGAGGGCAAACAACUCCAUACAUCCAAUACAAUAUGGAAGAUCUCUAGAAGUUGCAUCUGAGAAGGUAACACAGAAAACAGAAGAAUACACAUGUAUUGCUUACAACAACAUGACUGAAAACCAUGUUGAAACCCAUGUUCUGGUGAUAGUAAUACCAAAAGGACUGGAUCAGCUGGCUCAGAAAGGGAACUAUGUGUCAGCUCUAGCAAUAAUAACUGGAAUUUCCUUAUUUUUGAUAGUAUCAAUAUGCAUUUUAAUAUUAUGGAAACGAUUUCAGCCACAUAAAGUUAUACAGCAGAAAUUGAAGACCAGGCCUGAAGCAGAUUACCGAAAAGCACAAAGCAUUUCAGGACAUGAAAAUGCAGUGGAUGAUUUUGGAAUAUAUGAAUUUGUUGCAUUUCCAGAUUCUGCAGGAAUAUCAAGGGUAUCAAGUCGGUCUGUUUCUGGCUCUGAUGUUCGGCAAGGUCAGGAUUUUAAUGGCACAGUUUAUGAAGUUGUUCGACAUAUUCCUGAACAAAAUCAGGAACAUCAAGAUGGUACAUGAAAAGAAACCUGGAAGCAAAACUAUUACAACUGUUUCCAAAAGUAGAACCAACCACUGCCAGCAGGGAAAACCUCAAGUUCUCACCUAUAAUAAAAAUGCCACCUCAAAUUUAAGAAGCAAAACAUUUUCUCAUGGCUACAUUUCUAAUGGAAAUAGCUUAUGAUUACUGGUUAGAAUGUAAAAGUUACCACUCUAAAAGCUAGAGCCAAAUGUUGAAGCAUUAUAUGUUGUCCCAUUUUUUUAUUCUGGAAUUUGGGAUUAUUGCCCAUCUUUGCCUAAAGAGUUGGCAAUGUUGUUAUUUGUUUAAUGCAAUGAAUGCGCUUUAAUAUUUUACAUCAGCCUACACUGCCUAAAAAGGAAAAACAGCAGUAUGCUAGCAAUGUACUAAAUGCAGUAAUUUUUUGUUAAUGAAUAUCUGCUUUUUUUCUAACACCAGCACAAACUAAGGGUAUAUCAGCAACUGAAAUAAUGUCCAGCACUCCAGCUGAUACACUUCACACUGUAAAUAAUAUACUUUUCUAUAUGUAGGCAUUCAAUGCAUGGAUUAUGAAAUACAGUACUUGCAGCAGUGACUAGUCUGAGGGGGAGAAGUUAAGAUCAUCAUUCUCUAACUUCCCUCAAUUCCAGCUACCUAAAAUUCUAAUCAGUGGGGGGGGGGGCAGGGGAGGAGGGGAUUGUUUUUAAUUGUUUUAAUAAUCUCAAGUCUGAGUUCCAAACAUCUGAUUGGCUUUUAUUCAUUUGUUUACUUUGAAACACUCAAC